CACCGUGACGUAUUUCCUCUUGCCAGUUUACGACGCCGAGUUGGCCGUGUGUUCGUUCUUGUCGAAUUUCUGUGAUGUGUCAUUUGAGAUCGUGCAAAGUAAGGUGCUUAUUUAAGAACCCCUGCUCUCAAGUAAACUUCACAUCGAAGUGAUGUUUGAGACAUGUUUUCGCAGCACUAGCUAUUGAAAGCGGUAAGCUUCUUACAUAGGGUUGCAUUAAUCUCGAGUAGUCACUUCGUGCGAAGCUAAAGGGAGCCUACAGUUUCUGCCCUUGAAGCAGCCAUGGGGGAGGCAACACAAGUCAGCUCGCUGCCGCUGCCGCCGAUGCAGUAUGUUAGCCUCUACACAGACGAAAACGUGCAGCGUGGACGAGCUCCGUCACCACCUAGGCCACUGCAUGAAGGCUACUCCAUGUUUGGUGCUCCAUUCCAUGGGGAUGAACCUGUCAUUCGCCCUUUGGAAAGCCAAGGUAUACGGAGACUAUACCCACAAAACUAUGAGCACAAGAAAGAGCUGAAGAAGCUCAACCACUCACUGCUUGUCAACUUCCUUGACAUGGUUGACAUCUUGAUACGGUGUCCUGAUACUUCCAAGCGGCUGGAGAAGAAAGAUGACAUGAGCUUACUUUUCAUCCACAUGCACCACCUGAUCAACGAGUACAGGCCCCAUCAAGCUAGGGAGACACUCCGAGUGAUGCUUGACAUGCAGAGGCGGCAGCGGCUAGACACAGCGCAUAGAUUCCACAAGCACUUGGACAAGGUACGCGAAAUCCUACAGAACACAGUGAGUGUUCUCCCUGAACCAGAGCCAACUACCACCUGGCAACAGCCAGUUCAGGCCACAGGUACAACUGGAACCACUCAGGGGCAGCCACCUGCGCAGGGACACUGUCUCAGCCAAGACCGUAUAAUGUGUGGAAUAGUGGAUGCUUUGUGACUGCAAUAGCUGGUACUGACUGCAGUGAACAGAAAAGACACUUGCGUGAAAAAGGCAUGGUGCAUAGAAGGCUUGAAGUUGAAGCACUGUGAAAACUGAUCCACAGCACAGAAAAAGGUUGGAGAGUUCAUCCUCUGUACAGUUAGAAACAGUCGUAGAAUAUAUGCGCUCUUUGGGGAUGCAUGGGGGAAGUGGCAGGGUUGAGGCCAAUAUGAGAUUGUCUAAUCAACAUGUGGUGGCUGUAAUAGUGCAGCACAUGCAAAACAAUUAUGGAUGCAAAGCAGUUUAUGCAAUGCUAGCUCAGGUUGUAGCAAUGGUAAUUGUUACAUCAAAGGCAAAUCGUGUUCAUUUUUCUGUGCCUGUUGAGACAGUAGAGAGAUUGAAUAUGGUCGUUUUAUGUCAGUCAAAUCGGGCAUACUUUCCUGUACUCAUUGAGACAGCAGAGAGAUUGAAUGUGGUCAUUUUAUGUCAAAGGCAAAUCGUGCGUAUUUUUAGUGCUCAUUGAGACACAGCCGAGAGAUUGAAUAAAUAUGAAUGGUAAACUACA